AUGCCUCUCUUUGGUUUAGGCCUUUCAUCAAUGAAGUAAAAUGGCGUCCCGUGGAAACUCGGUAAACGUGAUUCCAGGGUCUGACCCAAGAAGACCUACUCGAAUUUACCGAUACAAACCAGCUUCAAGUAGUAACAAGCCAGGAGAUGAUCCUUCUGCUGAUUAUUUAAAUCUACUUGGAAUGAUUUUCAGUAUGUGUGGCUUAAUGAUGAGGAUUAAAUGGGCAGCAUGGGCAGCUGUUUAUUGCUCUUUUAUUAGUUUUGCAAACGCAAGGGCAUCAGAAGACGCAAGGCAAAUGUUCAGCAGCUUUUUGUUAUCAGUUUCAGCAGUUGUCAUGUCAUAUCUACAGAAUCCGCAACCGAUGGCAGCAUCCUGGUAGCAUCUAGCCGAUAGAAUCACAGUCAUUAUGAUAAAAAAAUUUCAGUUUAUUGGACAUUAUUUCCUUGGAGGGCAACGGUCAAAAGAAACCCCUAUUAUCAAAAAAUAUUUCUAACCUGGUAUCUAUUUUGAUUUAACAAUGAUUACUACCAUUACCCAUUUGAUAAGUGUUCUUAAGCAGCUGAAAUUAUUCAGUUGUUUUGGAUGUUAAAAUAAAAAUUUUAUUUAGUUGAAAGUAACCUUGUAUAGCUAUCUUUCAGUAAAAUGUUAUGGGAAAUGACAUUCGAUUAAAUCAGAUAUAUUUCAUUUGGAGAAAGGAGGGACUUUUUUAUUGAAAGAACAAUUUCCUAGUCUGUUUAGUGUGAAAUAAAUGAAGAGUCUUUAAAGCAUGUCUUCACUUGUUGAUUUUUGCAUUAAGUUUAAUGGUCUCUGGUGCAUACUUAGCAUAUUUAGACAAUUUUGUCUUGUCCAAAGAGAUGCAACAUUAGUUUGACAGCAAGGCUACUUUAUAUGAGGGUAAUUGGGAAACACUGCCCAACAGAAAUCAAUGUCUUUGGAGUCAUAUUCAGAAUAAAAACAACAACCAUAUUUUUAAUUAAUUUUUUUAAAGUAACUGAUUGUCAAAAUUACCUAUCCAACUUAUGGCACUAAUAUUUUCUGAAAAUCGGGCUUUGAAAUACGAAUCCGCAAAUACAGUUUUGCAGAUAAUGUGAAUCUGUUUACGCUUGUUUGGGACAUGUGUCUUUUUCCUUUUUUAGAAAAACCCAUUCAUAAUAAGCUAUCCAUUUAAAAAUUUGAAAAACAUCUUCUGUGCUACAUAAUUAAAGUGUUUUGAGCUAAAUCUUUCAGUAUGGUUUUGACCAGAAAA